UAGAUUUAAAAAGAGAGGCUGCAUUCUCAGACUGACACUUAUUCAACACUGCCACCUUAAGCAGAUUACUUUUGCGCUGCCUGUGUGUCCAAUACGCGGUUCACUUUGCCUCUCCAUCAUGUUUAGGAUGCUGAAACACCACUUUCACCCGGGCGUUUUUCUCUUGUUCAUAUGGCUUUGUCACCUCAUGGAACAUCAAAAAGUUCAAGCUGGGAACUGCUGGUUGCAGCAGGGGAAGAACGGGAGGUGCCAGGUGCUCUACAUGCCCGGCAUGAGCAGGGAGGAGUGCUGUCGGAGUGGGAGGCUGGGGACGUCCUGGACCGAGGAGGACGUCCCUAACAGCACGCUCUUUAGGUGGAUGAUCUUCAAUGGCGGAGCCCCCAAUUGCAUACCUUGCAAAGGUGGAGAAACCUGCGACAAUGUCGACUGUGGUCCCGGGAAGAGGUGCAAGAUGAACAGAAGAAGUAAGCCGCGCUGCGUGUGUGCGCCAGACUGCUCCAACAUCACCUGGAAGGGACCGGUGUGCGGCUCCGACGGAAAGACCUACAAAGACGAAUGCGCGCUGCUGAAGGCGAAGUGCAAAGGCCACCCCGACCUGGACGUGCAGUACCAGGGGAAGUGCAAGAAAACGUGCCGCGACGUCCUGUGCCCGGGCAGCUCCACGUGCGUCGUGGACCAGACGAAUAACGCGUACUGUGUGACGUGUAAUCGGAUUUGCCCCGAGGUGACGUCGCCCGAGCAGUACCUGUGUGGAAACGACGGGAUCAUCUACGCCAGCGCGUGUCACCUGAGACGAGCUACCUGCCUCCUCGGCCGGUCCAUCGGGGUGGCGUACGAGGGGAAAUGCAUCAAGGCCAAGUCGUGUGAGGACAUCCAGUGCAGCGCGGGGAAGAAGUGUCUGUGGGAUGCUCGGAUGAGCCGGGGCCGCUGCUCACUGUGCGAUGAGAGCUGUCCGGAGAGCCGGACGGACGAGGCGGUGUGUGCCAGCGACAACACCACGUAUCCCAGUGAAUGUGCCAUGAAGCAAGCCGCUUGCUCUAUGGGUGUGCUGCUGGAAGUCAAGCACUCUGGAUCUUGCAACUCCAUCACAGAAGACCAGGAGGAGGAUGAGGAAGAUGAGGACUCAGACUACAUGGCCUAUGUCCAUUUAUCUUCUAUACUGGAUGGAUAGGCUCCCGUCAUUAGGGGAACAGGGCAAGGAAUCAUGUCCAUACUGUACAUUAUGUGUAUGCUUAUUUAUUUUUUAAAGAAAAAGGAAGUAUACAUAUAGUUCAGUCUGCUAGAUGUUUAUUUAUACUUUUUUUCAUGUUUUAUAAUUUAUACAUUUAAAUGUCAGGCUUAAUAUCUACCAUGAUAUAUUGUGUUACCACUCAUUUCCCCCUCUUUUUUUUGUUGGUGUCCCUUUUACUUUCUUUUUUUUAUCAUGAAGAAAUAUAUUUGUCCAAAGAAAAGCAGUGUUAUUUAUUUGUCAUGUUACCGUGUAAGUAUAAGUCCUCUACAAGCUGUAAAUUGCAUUCCCUGAGCUGUAAAAAUCUGCUUGUUCCUGUCAAAUCUCUAUCACAGAUGUUUAUGUCACACAUACGUAACUGCAUGUUUAGGCUGUGUGUUUAUUUAUUGGGAAUAUAUCAAUCAUUUUAUGUACAUAAAGUGUUUCUGGUUUGUUUACAACUCACAAUAACUGACCAAAGGGAUUCUCUCAAUGGUUUUGCAAAAGAGCAUUGUAAAAGGUGUAACACAGCAGUGAUGAAAUGGAAGAGAAAAAAAGAGCCAUUUGUUUUUCUUUUCUUAUUUUUUUUGUGUGGAUAUUCCUCAGUUUCAGCCCUUUAGAUUUGUUUCCACACGGAGACAACAACUUUAGACAUCACUCAAUAGCGUUAAUUUUGCCUCACCACAUUAGAACAGAGUUAGGUUUGGACGAUACUUGAUUAUUUUGGAAAUAAUGUGCCAUUAACAUAUGUGUGCUGUCUUCUUGCCAAUGUGCUCCAUAUUGCUCUCGCAGAGCUAAAAUAGGACUAAUGUAUUGCAGUACUCUACACUAUAUCAGACUUCAUCACUUUGUUUCUUUUCUCUUUUGUUUUGUUCUUUUCUCGGAAUGCAUUUUAUUUCAAACAUCACAAGAGAAAUACAAAAAUCUGUUAUGAAUAUAUAGUUUUGUAUUUUUUAUGUAAAUGUCAUAUGUACAUACAAAGUUUGAUGGUAUUUGUACAGAUAUGAAGAGUGAAACAAUAAAAGUUUUUUUUCCUUA